UUUUCCUAUCACAAAAUAUAAUAAUGCGAAUCGAGCGAAAUCAGUUAAUCCGCAUUAAAGUUCACACCAAUUGUAUUUUCUUUAAGAUUUAGUUUUUCAAAUUAAAAGUUUUAAUAGGUCAAUUAUAAUGGAACCUUGUCCAGAAGUUUACCAAAACAAUGAAGAACCUGACGACACGGUUGUUCGUCAGUUGGUAUUAGAUUACCUUAUACAUAAUUGUUAUGGUGAAACUGCCAAAGUAUUUUUUAAAGAUGCUUUGAAUGUAGGUGAACCUAGCAUGGAACAUGGUUUAAAUGGUUCUACUCAAAACGGUUCAACCAAUGGUACUACCAAUGGUGUCGUGCAGAAUGGUAACAGUUCACCUGUACCCAUGGAUAUUAUUGAAGUAGACGAAGACGGGGAUUGCGAAAUGGCUGAUUCAAUUCAAGAGGAAUGUAUGCAUAUUGAUUCCACCAGUGAAUUAAUAUGUAAAGAAGCUAAUUCUCAAAUGCUUCUCGAAGUACUGAAGAAGGGUAAACGUAGUAACGGAUAUGGAGAGCGCUUUAAUGCCGAAUUUGCACUUAAAAGUUUAGAAACAAGAAAAAAAAUCCGCCAUUACAUAAUAGCUGGCAGCAUCACUGAAGCCUUAUCAUUAUGUCGAGAUAAGUUUCCUCACGUUGUGUCUUCGGAUGAACAAGACAAUCGAACUACUGCACGUUCAAUUGAUAUGUGUUUCAAACUUCAUUGUCAACAAUUCAUUGAAACUGUUCGUGCUGGCAAUCCAAUUGAAGCAUUGUUAUUUGCCCAAACAGUAUUAACAAGUUUCCCUAAAAAGAAAGGGGCUAAUGAAGAAAAGUUUAAUGCAGAACUUAAAAUUAUGAGCGCUUUAAUGGCAUAUGAAGAUCCAGAAAACUCACCAGUAGGGUCUCUAUUGGCUCAAGAACAUCGAGAUAGGUUGGCAGAUGAAAUUAACAGUGCCAUUCUCUCCUUUGAUUGUCAUGCGAGCGAGUCGGCACUUGAAAGAAUUGUGAAGCAAGCGACAUUAGUGCGGGAAUAUUUACAUAGCACAAUGUCAAGAGGACAAAGAAAUAACAAGGUGUACGCUAAAUGGCAGCUUUCCACGUUUAUUCAAGAAGGCAGUUGAAUAAUCUUCGAACUCAUUUUCCGAAACUACGAAAAAAUCAUCGUGAUUUUUGAUUCGUUUAUCCUAUUUAUAUUCAAAGCUAGUAUGCAACAUACUUAGCUAUAGUUUACUAAUUUUGAGGAAGAAGUUAUAUUUCCAUUUCAUUUCGUUGGUUCUGCGUCAAACAAAGGAAUAUUUAAUCGGUGACUAAUUUAUUAACGGAAAUAUAAUCCCAGAAUUUCAGUAUAUUGACUGAUGAAGUAAUAGGUAAAAAAUUUUUUCAUUUGCUUAAUUUCAUUCUUUUUUUUUUUGUAUAAUAGAUAAUAUAUAAAUCAUGUUUAAUCAAAAAAGAUCUCGACUUCU